AUGGCCGGCGCGUUGCUAUGGCUCCCGCUCCCGGUGCCGCUCCCACUGCUGCUCCCGGUGCUCCUGGCGGCGGCCGCGGCCGCUCGGCUCUACCGGCCCGGCCACGACCCGCUGACCGUGCUGACGGCCGGCUCGGUGCGGCCGGCGCUGCUCAACUCGUCGGCCGCCUGGGUGGUGCAGUUCUACAGCUCGUCCUGCGGCCACUGCAUCGCCUUCGCUCCCACCUGGCGGGCGCUGGCGGGGGACGUCAAAGACUGGGAACCUGCAAUCAGAGUUGGGGUGCUGGACUGCGGGGAGGAGGAGAACUAUGAGACCUGCAAGGAAUACGAGAUUCACUAUUACCCCACCUUCAGGUACUUCAAAGCAUUUACAAAGCAGUUUACUACAGGAGAAAGCUAUCAAGCAGGAGCCGACAGAGAGCUGCAAACAGUCCGUCAGAUGAUGAUUGACUUCCUCCAGAACCAUUCCCAGGAGGUCAGACCACCUGCUUGCCCACCACUGGACCCAGUUUGGUCCAGUGAUAUCACUUCUCUUUUUGACAAGAACAGCCACCACUACACUGCCAUUGUGUUUGAAAGCAACAGCUCCUACGUGGGACGAGAGGUGAUCUUGGACUUGAUCCAGUAUGAAAACAUCGUGGUGAGGAGGGCCUUGAAUUCUGACAAGGCUUUCCUGGAGAAACUGGGGGUUCCCUCAGUGCCCUCCUGCUACUUGAUCCAACCCAACGGGUCCCAUGGCUUAAUUAACAAUUUGAAGCCUCUCCGGUCUUUCUUUUCUUCAUAUUUAAAGUCACUGCCAGGGGUGAGGAAAAAACUCCUUUUGCCACUGCAGCUUCCUGCUCAAGAAAACAAAGAGGAGGGCACAGAAAUCAAGGUGUGGAAAGAGUUUGAUAAGACCAAGCUGUACAUGGCUGACCUUGAGUCGGGAUUGCAUUUCCUGCUCAGGGUGGAACUCGCCACGCACAAGACGCUGGAGGGAGCUGAGCUCAGGACCUUCAAGGAUUUUGUCACCAUCUCUGCCAAGCUCUUUCCUGGCCGUCAGCCUGUGGUGAAGUUGUUAGAGACCUUGCAAGAGUGGCUGGUGAGCCUUCCAUUAGACAAAAUCCCUUAUGAUGCUAUUCUGGAUCUGGUCAACAACAAAAUGCGGAUUUCUGGGAUAUUUCUCACCAAGAAGGUGCAGUGGGUUGGCUGCCAGGGCAGCAGACCAGAGCUGAGAGGUUACAGCUGCUCCCUUUGGAAGCUGUUCCACACCCUCACUGUCCAAGCUGCACUGAGACCAAAAGCCUUGCUAAAUACAGGUCUCGAGGACAACCCCCAAGUUGUGCUGCAGGUGAUGAGGAGGUACAUCCACCACUUCUUUGGGUGCAGGGCUUGUGCUCAGCACUUCGAGGAGAUGGCCAGGGAGUCCAUGGAUUCCGUGAAAAGCUGGGACAAGGCCGUGCUGUGGCUCUGGGAGAAGCACAACGUGGUGAACAACAGGCUGGCAGGCGAUUUGACCGAGGAUCCGAAAUUUCCCAAAGUCCAGUGGCCGACUCCAGACAUUUGCCCUGCAUGUCACGAGGAAAUUAAAGGCCUGCACAGCUGGAAUGAGGAGCAAGUCCUGCAGUUCCUGAAAUCCCACUACGACAGUGCCAACAUCCUCUACAAAUACACCGAGAGCCAGACUGACCCCAGUGACCCCGAGCAGGGAGACAACAGGGAUGGGAAGGACAAAAACCUGCUGAAGAAACCAGGGGGAAACAGAGAAAAUAAGAUCCAGGAGAAGGAAAACCCGGGAGAUCCGGGCUCCAAGGCCUUGGAGAAGCCAGCGGGGAAUCCCGGAGCUGUCCAAGGUAGCGGCAAAAACGCGGCGGCCUCGGUGAACCUCAAAGAGGUCAGGCAGGCCGUGUCCUUCCUGGGGAUUGGCUUCUCCAACAUCGACAUGAGCCUCUGUGUCAUCCUCUACGUGGCCUCCUCCCUGUUUCUGAUGGUCAUGUACUUUUUUUUCAGGAUGAGGUCCAAGAGGUGGAAGGUGAGGUAUUCCCGGGCCUCGGUGUAGGGAGUGCUCCGUGUUCGUGGCUGUUCCCAGGCACAGCUUUAACCUUUCUGAUCAGGGAUUUUGUACCCAGUGUUCCUUGUGGCAGAGCCCCCGAGGCAUUUGCAGGUGGUGGGUGUGAGGAGCUGGCUGUGGGGAGCCCGAGGCACACGUGGCUGUGCUCUGGAGGGAGCGUUGCAUGUGGCAGCGAGUGCAGAUUUUUCCAUGACUUACCACCGACAUCCUUUACUCAUUGUCAGAGUAAACAUUGCAUUAUGCAAUCCACUGUGCCUGCCGUGGGAGGAAAUUGAAUAUUGUUUGGUGAACUUCCAGUCAGGGGUUAUUUUUAUUUUUUAGUUUAUUCCAGAGGUGGUUUCACCUCCCCGAGUUCUGAACAGUUCCAGUGGUACUUUGGCUGCUUCUUUUGGAGGAGCAAGAAUUCAAUUCUGAGUUGGUUUUUUGUUUGGGUUUUUUUUUUUCCAGGAAACGAGUUUUAUUCUGAUUAAACCAUUUCUAAACCUCUGUGA